AUGGCUGUAUCUGAUAUUAUCGUAUUAGCAUUUGGAUCAGUCUUUUUAAUAAGUAAUGUUGUUUUAUCAUUACAACAACAUUUUAAUCAUUCCAUUUACCAAGUCGUAUGUAAAGUUAAUUAUUUUACCAUAACGUGGUCUUAUAUUACUUCUUCACAAUCAUUUACAGCUAUAAGUAUCGAUCGCUUUCUAAUUAUGACAUAUACCAAUAGGAAAUCUCCGUUUCAAAGUAAGAAAAUUUUGAUUAUGGCUAUUACCAUAAUUUGGAUUGUUGGUCUACUAUUAGCCAUCCCUAUGCUUAUUCUGGCGGAUAUUAAUCCCAAGUUACCUCAUAUGUGUGAUCUUCUCCCUUACGGCAAAAACAACGAUUAUACUUUUUCAGUUUACCAUCUCUUUGCACUGUCAGUAGCUUUUCCGAUACCAUUAGUGACGGUAUUUUGCCUUUAUUUCAAAGUUAUUCGUCGUAUAUCUAAUUCUAUAAACAAUAUCUCAAAUAUCAGAAAUAGAUAUGAUCGUAAUAAAAGGCGACAAGUUCACUCAACCAAAAUGAUGAUUUUAGCCACACUGCUAUUUAUGGUUAACUCAUUGCCUAUUAUGUUCGGUUGGUUUAUUGCACUUAUUACUGGCAAAUCCUAUGUUUAUCUUGUUUUAGACUACGGUGAAUUUAUAUUUAUUUUAGUAUCGACUGCAUUUUUUAUGGCAAGUUUAACGGCAAUUCAAAAUCCUUUCAUUUUUAUUAUUUAUAACAAAACAUUUAGAAAGGCUAUGAUUUCAAAUUUUUAUCUAGAGCGCCAAAAUAAAACUGCCGUUAUUGUCGUAACCCAUAAAUCUAAUAAUGCCAAUACCUGA